AUGGUUUCGAAGUUCAUGACCUGGCAUGCAAGCGGUAUGUCGAAUCGUUCGGCCUGCGACGCUGAGCACCCCGAGCUGGACACUCACAACGUAGAGCUGCUGAGAGAUUGGUGCGAGAGGAACCUGAAUGUCGACGAAGCCCGGAUCGACCCGUACCUGCCUCGGCAAGACCAAGCCGGCCAAGCUCCAGACAGAGCUCGGCUGAAGGCGGUUCUGAAGGAAAUGAAUGACGCCGCCAGAACCUGCGUACGUAAGCUGAAGGCCAUGAAGAAGCCCGAGGCAACGGAGAAGGCUAUGAAGCUUUUCAAGACGCUGAGGAUAAGAGUGCAGAAAGGCCUGGGGAACCACCCCGAGCUGGACAAUCGCAAUGUGGAGCUGCUGAGAGAUUGGUGCGAAAG